GAGCGAACGCUGCUCCCGUUCCAGACCAACCGCGCUUCUACAAAGAAUAAAUCAAACGUGAAAAUCUAUGUGAAAAAUGCUCGUCGAUUAACUGUGUGUACCGCGCUAAUACGACGCCUGUUGCGUUCAGACACUUCCCGCCACAUUCGAACGUCCCAAAGUUCCAAGGCUGCGCCGCUAGAUUUUCGUCGAUAAUAUAAGAUUAAAUUGAGGGAGCUUUGAAGAAGGACAUACGUUUUUCAUAGGGUGGCAGGUGAAUCUCAACUAACAUGACCUAGUGCCCCAUGACUGUGGCGCACCCCUCACGCCAUUCUCAUUCGCCGACCUAACACGCACACUCACACUCAAAAUGAUGCCCCGUUGGUUGGUAUUCUGUUGCGUGGUGCUGCUCGCGCGGCCAGCACACCAGCAAGGCGCCCAGCAGUGCCCCGCGCCUAACACGAUCACACCCUGCACUUGCACUGUGAAGAAGAACGGUCUGGAUAUACUGUGCGAGUUCACUGAGCAGCAACAUAUACAGAAGGCGAUGAAUACACUUCGUUCGAAGCCAAUGAUAAUUUUCUACCUGAAACUGCGUCAUAACAAUUUGGCCAAGCUUCCUUCAUACAUAUUCCUUGGCUUGGAUAUUCGGCACUUGACGGUACAUAAUAGUAGCCUAGCUGUUAUCGAGGAUUCAUCUUUGAGCUCUAUUGGCAACAAGUUAACGCAGCUCGAUGUGUCUCAGAACAAACUUGCGACCAUUCCGACCUCGUCCUUCACGCAUCUAAACCAUCUGCUUAUUCUCAACAUGAAUCAUAAUAAGGUAACUGCGGUACAUAACAAGGCAUUUUUGGGUCUCGACACUUUGGAAAUUUUAACCUUGUAUGAAAACAAAAUAUCGGUGGUUGACGGUGAAGCUUUUAAAGGCUUAGAAAAGAAACUGAAGCGUCUGAACUUGGGCGGCAACGAACUAACCGCGGUGCCGCAGAAGGCUCUAGCCUUACUCGAGAAUUUGAAGAAACUCGAGAUGCAAGAGAAUCGCAUUACUUCCAUUUCGGAAGGAGAUUUCGCGGGUUUGAGGAGUCUUGAUUCACUGGGACUAGCUCAUAAUCAAUUGAGAGAAGUACCAUCUCAGGUAUUUUCUCACUUAAACUUCCUCAAUUCAUUGGAACUUGAAGGCAAUCUAAUACAGCGCAUUGAUGAAAAGGCCUUCGUCGGCCUUGAGGAAAACUUGCAAUACCUACGCUUGGGCGACAAUCGUCUACACGAGAUACCAUCUGAAGCGCUACGCCCGCUGCAUCGGCUACGACAUCUCGACCUACGCUCCAACAACAUCACCUACAUUAGCGAAGACGCGUUCACUGGCUACGGAGAUUCUAUAACGUUCCUGAAUUUGCAGAAGAAUAUGAUUCACCAAUUGCCGACGAUGGGCUUCGAUAAUUUGAAUUCCUUGGAAACGUUGAAUUUGCAAAACAACAAGCUACAACAUAUCCCUGAAGAGAUAAUGGAGCCCAUACUAGAUACUCUCCGUGUUGUAGAUAUAAUGGACAAUCCUCUAAUCUGCGACUGCGACCUGGCGUGGUACGAGGCGUGGCUGGCGAGCCUGCGCGACCGCGACGACGAGAUGAUGCAGAAGAAGCGCACCGUGUGCACUAUGGUCAGUGAGCACCGCGAGUACAGCGUCGCCAAGAUGCCGCUCGAGAAGAUGAGCUGCAAGCGGAAACCCGGCUACGGGGGACCCUCCACAGCCUCCAACACCUGCCCCAUCCUCGCCCUCAACUUCAUCCUCCUCGCCGCCAGAGGACUCUAGUAAGUCUAUUCCCUCUCUUCAUUUAGGUCUUCGAAGAAUCAACUCGAGCCAGCUGUGGCCGGAUAGCUCGACGCGAACUCUUCGCUCGUCUCGUCUCCAGCGCGAUGAAUUUGUGCAAUAAACAUAUACAUAUCAAUUUUGGGCUGAAACGUAGUAUUUUGGGAUGGCAAUUUGUGAUAAGAUGUUUUUGCGAGUGUGAUACACGUAUUUUUAAACUAGGUACCUUCGUAUGGAAUGCCUUACUUUAGAGUAACGAAGGCAAAGCGUCGGCUCCGUUUGAGGAGCGUUUUCUAAGCGGGAUUUAAGACGUAGUCGAGAAUUGUGAUGCCAUGAGCUAUAUGCGUUUCGUUUAAUCUUUAUCGAUACCCAAAUAUAAAUCUUCUAAUAUUUUUUAUCGUUUACCCCUAACUUUAAUAUUGUACACGUAUUUUAAGCUUUUGUGCAUUUACCAUGUUGACUACUAUGGUAUCGUAUAAUUCUCUAAAUCUAUUAAGAUCCGGGCGUUAAGGUCGUAGCCUGAAUUUGAUAAAACGACUACAGGGAACAAAAGGAGCAGAUGUUUUUGUGGGAAUUUAUGUAUUUUCCUGUAAUUUUAUGAAAAAUGUCGUUCCCUGAGAGUUUCUGGCUACGACCACUCAGAACGUACUGGUAUUAUUAAUCUAUCUAUUAUAUAAAGUAUUGAAAUUAAUAUCUCCUUUGAAUUACUACCUCUUGUUUAAUAAAUUUUGUUAGUUUUAUUGCUCGAAAGAUUAUUAUUGUUACUGAGCCCCUAAAUGUUCGAUUUGAUGUAGUUUAGUUUUAUGUAGAUAAGUGUUAGAUAAAUUUUCUAUAUAAAUUAUAAUUGCUGUUGAUAAUUUUAAAUUGAGUAGCAUUAGUAUACUAUUUUCAAUUAUGCUCGACAUGUAAAAGUACCAUUAAUUUCACAUUACCAAGAUAUUCACUAGUCCAUAUAUAAAAGUAUUGUUGAGAACUGCAAUUGUUAAAAUGAAUAUAACAAAUCAUAUAAGUCGAUGAGUGUGGAUAGUUUAUUUUUUAUUGAGUACAUUACUUGCAUGUUAAGUUUUACUUUAAGUUAAUAUUUGUUUAUUUUUAUUAUGUUUGAGCUUUUAAUACCUCUGAAGAUUGAAAAUGAACGCAUUUUACUUGAGGUUUUAGGCUACUGAAUUUAUUAGUUUUGUAGGAUAACUUGUAUUGCUACAUUUAUUUUAAGCUGUAGGUUUAUUGAUAUUUCAUAGUAAAUUAAUAAAUGUGACUGCAAACAAAGCGCAUGCUGCAGUUUUCGUGAAAAUAUUCAAUUGCUUUAUUUUGCAUGACCUCUUUAAGAUUAUGUUCCUAAACUUAUUUUUUAUUAUUAGUUUCAACUGCAAUCUUGGCAAGCGUGGUGAAAAUUAUUGUAGUAACACGUUUCACGUGCAAGAACCUUAUUGGUAUACACUGUUGACAAAAUUACUUUAAAAGAGUGCACCCUUUAUAAGUGAAAAUCCAAGUGAUAAAAAACGUAACCUAAAACAUAUCCCCUAGUCUGAAAUUUAAUAUUAAUAUUAUAUAAAUUAUUAUAUUAUGUAUACAAAUAUAACAAUUGGAUUGAUAAGCUUAGUGUGAAAUGAAAAUUUUGGUAAAAUAUACCUAUUUCGAUUGGUUAUACGCGAACGCGAAACCGUUUUAAAAAUAUCUCGCAAAAUUCAAACUUCAAUGUUUCAUACAAACAUUGUUGUACAAAAUGUGCGAUGCCUGUUAGACGCGAGAUUGAAUACCCGUUUUGUAUUCUUUUGACAGGCGUUUACACAUUUUACCAUAUAAAUCUAUUAUACCAGUAGAAUAAUAAAUUGAUCGUAUAUUUCGUAUUGAUGUUUAUACUAGUAAUGCACCAUUGGAGAUCAUUAGGCACGUAGAAUUAAGAGGACACGCGUAGUGUUGGUCAGAGUCAAAGAAACCUGAUAAUUAAGAAUUACGACGCCGUCUCGGGCGGUACUUUUCUCUAUAAGUGUUUAUGUAUUCUUCAAUAUUGGAUUUUUCGAUAUCUAGAUGUCGUGUUUCAUGUCUGCUAUUAUUGUGGGGAGAUUUUAUCGUACUAAAUGAUGGAAUGCAUGUCGAAGUUAACACUAGAUUAAGAUCAGCAAUGUUGCUCGUAACUGAAACCUAAAUCGAUUGCAGAAAUAUAUUUAGAACUCUAUUUCCAGUUUUAAAGGAAAAUAAAACAAACUCAAAACAACGAGGAUAUCCUAAUAGUUCCAUCAUUUAUGUAAUGUCGAUAAAUUGUCUCUUCCGUACUGGCGCUUUAUUUGUUAAUCUGACGUAAGUUAAAAUAUACUUUAUUUGUAAUUCGAUUUCAUAUAAAAUAAUUCGAUGUUUCUAUACUCAUAUUUAUAAUUAUCCUUAUCUUAAUGUAGUCAAAUUUUAUUAAUAUAAAAUAUUGAUGAUUGUAAUCUAUUAUAUAAUGUAUGUAUUUUUAAUUUUCUUUACGAUGAGGCUUCAACUUGUUUUUCAAUAAAAAGAGAAAAUUGCGAUAUAUGAAAGCUGUAGUUGUUUUAAAAAUAAACAUAUUUCGACGAUUAAGACUUAAACAUUUUGAAGAAUAAAAUCGUAAAUAUUGUAAAACAAAUGCCACAAGUAAAUUAAUAUCAUGGACCUUACAUUGCAUAUCAAUUAGUAUUAAGAUUAUAUAGUUAUAUACUCUUUAUUGUUAUAUAUUUAUCGUAUAUUCACUGUUAAUCAUUGUCGUGGAAGCUUAUAAAUCGAUGUUUAUCUGUGUGUUACAUGUUGUAUUCAAUCUAUUUGUGUGUCUGUGUAAUCACGUGUUUUAUCAGCAAUAAUUAGGAAACUUAAAAAUAAAUUAAAUCUGAGAAUAUAAAGUUUAAUAAAUCUGUUGGAAACUAUUUAGUGCGAUGUGUUCACGGUUGAUAGUCACAUUUAUUAAUUAUAUUACGUAAAAAUCUAAGUCUAAUAUUGAAAUCUCGCUGUAAAGGUGUAAACUUUGAUUGUAAUAAAAAUUUAAAUAUG